AUGUCUUCCAUCGACUAUAACAUCAGCUUGUUCGCUGGAACACCAAUUGCAACCGUCGCUGAGUUCACUAGAGCUCAAUGGCUCGAUCUCGCGCUUGUUGCAAAAAUCGAUGACCAACAAGUGGAGCGACUUGGUUGGCUUGACCUUGAGAAGAAUUCCGGACCACACACGCCAGUUGGCGCAAUCGUCCCGGUAGUCCAGGUCAUGGCUCCACCCCCAGCAUCAAGCUUCCAGUUAUUCGGCGAGCUUGCCAUCGAGCUUCGAAACAAGAUCUGGGCUAUGGUGUCCUCCGAUCAUUCGCGUAUUAUCACAAUUAUUGAAGAAGAUGUCAAUGUUGCGAUUCAUCCCAACGAUGAUGAAUACACAGUUACCGGCGCAAAGCGUCCGCGAUUCCUCAGAACCUGCAAGGGUGCUCUUACCGCAAUGGUCGGCGUUUACCGACCAAUGUUUCAUCUAGACUCUUCGAAGUAUCACGGUGAAAAGAAGGGCGUUUUCGUCAAUCCAGAUGUCGACGUUAUCGACUUCGUCUCUUUACGUUUCCUCCAUGGCCAAGCACCACCACUUGGGUACAUCAGCGCCUUGAAAUAUCGCGGAGAAUUUAGUAUGAUCCGUCAUGUUUGUCUGCCAGUCCAAGAAUUCCAUGACAACUUUCAAAAAGUUGCAAGAAUGAUUCGUGAGAUUCCAUUGCUCGAAUCAGUGGUUGUUGAGGCCAACCUUAUCGAUCUUACUCUUCCAGAUGAUCGUUACCUGCAGUUUGAAUUUCAGGAUGUCCACUACACCAGACCUAAUAGGUCUCCACGCUCCGACAUGACCAUCAAGGCCAUGAAUGGUGGCUUUCCUUUGGUUGGUUUACCUGCCAUUGGAUUGCUAUUCAACAGAAUUACCAAUUUGACGCAUAGAGCUGGCGUUAUGGAGACCUUGGGCAGGAUCGAGACCAUGAUGCGACAAGAAUCCAAUUUUCCAGACCGAGUUCUUGGUCAAUUCAAUUAUCACAAUCAUUGA